AUGAAGAAGACAAAAACUUUCAGUUUCCAGAAAUUUACCAAGCAGAAAGAUGAGACUAUCAGAGACCGGAUCGAGAGAGAGAAAUUAGCCAACAUUGCACAAAUUUAAAGCAGCGAAGGGGGAAAAUAAGAUGAUUAAGAAGAACUUCAAGCAGAAAUGUGUCGCCGAUCUCUCAGAUAUAGACUCAAUUGAUCUGGCAGACCAAAUGCUUAUUGAUAAGAUUGAUCCUUCUUGUAAAAAAGCAUAUUCUUUCAAGUUAGGAAAGCAAAACUUCCCUCAAAAAGAGGAAAGGAAUAGAGCUAAAAGAAGUAAAUCGGUUAUAGAAGAUUCUAAAAUAACUAGGAAUCUUGAGACAAUAUCUCCAGGGCCCAAGUUUUUCAAAGGUGGUCAAAACUAUAAAAUUAUGGAAAACUCGGAUAUCGCUGCUCAUAUUCCAAAUCUGAACAAGUUCGUAGACCCAAGAGAUAUCAUGAACAAUAAGAGAGGAGAAAAGGCAAAGCUUACAAGAGAGGAUUGGAAAGUGCACAAAUUGAACAGAAACCUUCAGAUAAACUUCUGAAAGGAAAAUAAGAGUUUAUCAAAAUCUGUUGAUGGGAAAUAUGCCAUCAGAAAGAGAAGAAGUAGGAAUUCCAUCAUGAAAAUCCACCAGCAUCUGAGGUCUAAGAUUCUUAAGAACUUGAUAGAUUCUGACUACCCUCAACUGCUACCAUUAACUGUUGCUGAGAAAGGAGAUAAGAUUGAAGAGAAGCCAAAGAUAUAUAGACUUCCAGGGUUAGAACUUGAUAAGAAUGGAUAUCAAAAUAAAGAGAUUAUCAAAUAUUUGAUGAAAAUACAGCCGAGAGGACAACCAGAAGAUCUUUCAGAUCAAAGCAUAGAGAUUAAAGAAAGGUAUAGAAGGAACCAUUAUGGCCUUAAUGAAUACGAAGAGAGAAAAUAAGAGCAUUUUUGAAGAUUUAAAUGAAGAAAUUGAGAAGCUUUCUAAAAGUAUUGAAAGAAAGAAAAGAUUUGAUACUAAAUCUGGUAGAAAGAGCAAACUUGAGAUGGCUCCUAAAAGCAAAUCUUUGGAAUACAACAGAAAUAAAUUUAAUUUAGUUUCUGAUAUUUUUAAUCCAAAUAAGUUAAAGUAUACUUGUAUUGGGCCAUGAAAUCGCUUUGAUGAGAAUGAAAAACUCGACAAUCAUAAUAUCCACCCAACAAAUCUUCAAAGAAACACAAAUAGUGAAAAUUCUAUCCCAACCCCCACCUGCCACCAAUUCCCCAAACUUCCUCCAAACUAUCGCUACCAAAACCACCCAAAUCCUCUUCCAUACCCCCACAAAACCCCCUCAAACCUCCCUAAACACCUCUCCCCCUAACCCUCUUCCCCUA